CUCUUCGGUUCGGCGGCGAUUUGCUGUUUUUGAAAUUUGAAGUAGCUAGCCUUUGCUCUGAUCUUUAAAAGCAUCUCGUGGGCCGGGGCGAAAAUGUCGUCCGACAGUGAACGCUGAUUAAAAAGGAGAGAGAAAAGUUUAAAAUCAAAACGGAAGAAGGCGAGAAAGAGGCGUUGACCAUGGUUCAAUUUCGGAGGCGUAUUCGAGCGGAAAUCUUCAGAUGCCAAAAAGCCAUGUUCACUGGAGCCCACGACCUUUCCCACUAUUUCAAAAUUUCAUGAACAUCGUUUCACCACAACGCCGAACCUCACGAUUCCUUGCUUGUUCCUGUUUCAUACUCCGUGUUAAUCAGCGAAACCCAGGGCAACUAGUUUCCAUCAGCAGCCAACACGCUUGCCUCCGUCGGUUUUUCUUCAAGAUUUCGUCCAAAAACAAUGUAUCCAAAGGUGAAGGUCAGACAAGAACAAUACCAAGAUGAUCACCGAGUAAUACAGGACAAUAAUUUGAAAGCUUUGCAGUCUUUAUCGUUGCGGGUUUCUCCUCCUCCAGUGAGGAACCAGAAAGGUGUCUCUCAUCCAUCCUUUACCGAAGUACCUAAAUGUUAUGUUUUACAUGCACCUAUUCCAAAAGUACCUGUUUCUGAAGAUUUAGGAGCCUGUAAUUUGACAUCAGAUUCUUCAGGACCUACGGGAGCUGAGAAGGAUGACAAUAUUGAUGAGGACAGAGUAAAUAUCAGAGCCAGUUCAAUUCCACCUCCUCGCGCUGUUAUAUCUAGUCCAGGAAACAAAAGGAAUUUUAUAGGUCACGAGAGUCCCUGUCAGUUAUGUUAUGAAUUCUAUAAUCUGUGUAUUUGAACAUGCAGGCAAGUUCAAAUUCAUUAUACGUUCUUUGACAUUACCUAACUCACGUCCUUGGGAUUUUGUAUCAGAUAUGACACCAUGAUUGGGAAUAAAAAUCGGAUUAAAGGCAGGGAAAGACUUCCAGGUUCAAAGAACUGUGGAGUGCCGCAAAAUAGACAUGCAAUCUGUAAGGUUAAAACAAGCAACGGUACUGAAAAUUCCCGAAACAUGAGAAAACCCAAGGAAGCUGCAGAUAAAUCAAGUAAUUUUACUGAUUCUGUACAAAAGAGAAGGCCAACCAAGUCAGCAUCA